CUACUCAAACAUGAAAUGAAAACAUCUUACAAGUUUCAACUCCCAUUCUCUCUCUCUCUCUCUCUCUACAAACCAAGAAAACAAAGAUAUGUUCCUCAAACAAAGCAUUGACAAAGAGCAUCAUCAACAACAAAAACAAGAGUAAGAGAAACAGACAAAGAGUAUAGAAGAGAAGAAGAAGAAAGAGCAUUCGAUUAAGGAUGGACCGCAUGCUUUGUGAUGAGCUCCUUGAAGAAAUCUUUCAAAGACUUCCACCAAUACCUUCUUCAUCUCUUUCAGUCUCUUUGGUCUCCAAGCGCUGGCUCCACCUUUACAGAACUUCCAAAACCUUUCUCUCUCUGCGCCUUAGUCCUCAUAAUUCAACUAUUCCUUCCUUGGCCUCUUUCCUCUCUCACUACCCUUCUCUUCUCUCGCUCUCUCUCCUUCUCUCCUCUGACCCCACCAUCACUAUACCCUCAGCCACCACUUUCUCAGAACAUCUCCUCCUUAUAGUCUCUACCUUUUGUUUCAAGCUUCAAACUUUAAGGUUCAUGGCUGGUCCAGUCUCUGUGUCCUCUCUGAAUUCUCUCUCUUUAAACUGUACCCACCUCACCUCUCUAUGUAUUAAUCUCUUUAGGCCUAUAUUUUUCAUGUGGGUUGUAAAGUUUCCAGUUUUAAAAGAGCUAUCAAUCUUUGUCUCCUCUGGGGAUGGUGUUGAACAAGCAACUGAGUUUGAAAGGGAAAAUGGGUUGUGGGGGAAUGAGGAUUUUGAUGCAGAAUUGGGCUUGGAGAGUCUUUGUUUAUCGGGAAUCAGAGCAGAUGAUUGGGGUUUGGGUUGGCUAUGGAGGAGCUGCAAAAAGCUGAAGAAAUUGCAGCUAAAGAGUUGUGAAGGUGUUGGUGAUGGAGGGUCUUUUUUGUCUUUUGUUAGGUGCUUACAGGGUCUUGAAGAAGUGGAGCUCAGGACUUGUAGGAGUAUAGUUGAUGGGGUGCUGUUAAAAUUGGCUGAGAAUUGUAACUCUUUGAGUUCUCUAUUGGUUUAUGAUGGUGGUAGCAGAGAGGGUUUGCUUAGGUUCAUUAGCCAAUGCAAUUGUAACUUGCAAAAACUUGAUCUUCGAUUACCUUUGGACCUUCAUAACGAUCACCUCACAGCUGUUGCUCUGAAUUUCCGGGGUCUUUCCAGUAUUAGGCUUCAAAGUUGUUGCCUUGUCACUGGUGAAGGCCUAAAGGCUCUUGGAAUUGCCAUGAGUUCUGGGCUUGAAGAAUUGGCAUUAAUAAAUUGUGAUGUUGUGGAACGAGAACAAGGGUUGCUUGCCACAUUGGGCCAGAAUUUGAGGCAAUUGAGGAAAUUGGACUUAUCUUAUAAUGAAAUGUUACUUGAUAAGGAGUUAAUUUCGAUGCUGGUUUCGUGUAAUUGUUUGGUUGAUUUAAGAUUGAGAGGGUGUAAAGGGCUUACCAAAGCAGCCCUUGUCUCAAUGUUUAAGAGCUGCAAGCGUUUAGAGAAUGUUGAUAUUAUGCAUUGUCGUGGAAUCGAGGCUGAGGCAGUUGAGUUGCUUGUUCUGAAUUCUCCACAGUUGAGACAGGUGCAGGUUGAGGAAAGCAAACUUUCGGAUGUUGCGAGGACAUGGGCAUCAAAUAAGCUUAUUGAGGUUGUUGUUUAAUUUGUGAAUUGGCUGAUUUAGAGUAGCUGUUUAAGUUAAUAAAAGUUCCAAGUGAAACAGGUACAUAUCACACAUUGUCCGGAGUAUGUUUGUAAUUUUCUGUUGCUUAUGUUGCACAAUGCAAAAAGCAAGUUGGCUCAUUGAAUAAUUAUGUAAAUACAAAUGUUUCGUAUAUUAAUAAUUUAUAUUGCAUAAUGUAUUAGUUAAAUUUGAGAUUAUGAAAUAUGCUAUGUUAUUUCUUCUUUA